UUGGAUUUAGUUUUGCGCGAAAGGGAUGCUUUCAAACUGGAGAUUGAUUCGCAGCGCGAAGAAUACGAAGAGAUUCUGGACAACGAGCGCAAGAAAUUGACCGCCGCUGAGACACAACUGGCAAACGAUCGCAAAAUGUAUCGCGAAUUGGAGGACAAGAUCUCCACUCAGGAACAGAGCCUCUACUCUAACGAUGAGGUGAUUGUCGCUCUGGACUCGAAGAUUAGUCAUUUGGAGGAACAGCUAAUAGCGAUCAAAGAGGAAGCGGCCAAACAUAUCACAACAAUCGGUAAUCUAAAGGACCAGAACUCGAAACUGACGCACGGUUUCCAGCAAUCGGUCGAAAAGGUGGACGAAUUGGAGGAACGAAUCGAGUCAUUACACACUCAGUUGGAUGUAAGAGAGGAUGAGAUUAACCGCGAAAAGGGAGCGUAUAUUCAACAGUUGGCGCAGCAGAAGAAGGCCAUCGAUCACCUCCAGGACACCAACGACUCGCUCAUGAAGCAAAAGAAGUUUGUACCGAAUAGUCCGCGUCAGCCUAACUGUCCGCUCGAAAUGAAUGAUUUAUACAAAUCGUUAGCCGAAGAGAAGUCUAAUAACAGAAGACUUGUCGAUGAGAUACAGAGACUGAAAGGCGACGCAAACUAUUUUAAAAAUGAAGUGUUUCAAUUAAAGAAUUCUAUAAAAUUCGAUGAUUUGAGUGUUAAGUCCAAUGAUUCCAACGAACAUGUGUUUCGAAAGCCAUUAUUCUGUGCCGAAAACAAGAAACACGUCAACCAAAGAGUGGAAAAUCGACUUCACAGCACUCCGGCGACGGCCGCCCCUCCGCCCGACAACUGGUCACUCGGCUCACAGCGAAUGCAUCACAACAUUCCGCACCGCUUUGUCGAGACGACCAAUAAAUUGCCAAACAAUAAGUGUGUUUCUUGUGCGGAGACCAUACACUUCGGUCGCAAAGCCGUCAAAUGCAGUGAAUGCGGGGCAACCACUCACGCCAAGUGCUCACUAAAGUUGCCAAACAAUUGCGGACUACCGGUGCAAAUGAUGCAACAGCUGUUCCACAGCAGUUACGAUGUAAACGAGAAUCAGUUGGCGGACGCCUAUUACCAAACACAACGUAUCGAUGAUGUGAUAAACGUGGAACCGCUGGAACCGUCGGCCCCCGAAGAGACCUUUGUUAAGUACGACGACAAUUCAGACUCUUCCGGGACAACCGACAACAACGAGCCCGACAACGGGGCUGUCCUGACCGACGUGUUGGACGCCGACUAUCGCGAGAUUCAAGAUAUUUGUGAUAAAGAGAACGAUGGCUUCUCUUUCACCGAUUCUAUGCUCGAAGUGUUGGACAGAGAAUACAAAUAA